GUCCCGAGCCUCAAGGACUCGGGGACGGGGCGGGAGGAGGGCAUGGGUGCGUGCCAGCACAGCCGGCUUACGCAAAACAGCCGCUUGCAACAAGCUGGACCCGUGGCUGGUCCAGCCGCGUGGACACCGAUCGGCUUGAAAACCACCCCAACCUGUUCCCUGACUUUCCGCCCGCAGGCAGCCUCGCCGGCCCUUGUUUACUGCAAACCCAGCACGCAGGUAGUCCCUGGGGCUUGCACUUCCCCUCGGGAGCCGGCAAUCCAUGGACACGCUGGGCUGAUUACAGCAUAACUCCCUGGUAACUCAUUGACCUCCGUGUUCGGCGGCUCUGCUAGGAAACGGAGGUUCCCAAGAUGAUAAGCCACUCUCAGAAGAAAUUCCUUUCCUUGUGCGAGGGAGCGUCAGCGCUGGGCUCGCUCGCCUGCCUUGCGAACACGUACACACCCCUGCGCGCACACACGCACACGCACACGCAUAGGCGCGCUCUGCGUCUCCGAGUCCGGCAGCGCUCCCUCUGGGGACCCUGCUUUGAAAGGUCGGAGUUUCGCAGCCAAGACUUCUCUGAGAGGAAGACGAUGCUUAGGAGCAAUGUUGGGGAGCGGAGCGAACCUGCGCAGAUGAGUGCUGAGGAGCAGGGAACCUGUUUUUGGCUUGCUUGGAUGUAGCUCUGCUCCAGUGAGCUCUGCGUGGUGUGGUCAAACCUGCCCUCGUGAAACGGGAAGAGUGCUGCCGCGCUGGCUCUGCUGGGCGGCGGGAAGGCCAGUCCAGGAACAGCCACAGAGCAAGGCCUGGAUGGAGGAUGCUGGACAAGCCACAGCGGGGUUUCCCUGCAGGCGAAGAGUGUGACUGCUGCUGUCCCAGCUCAUCCGUGCUCCUGUCCAGGUGGGAUCACCUGCAGCGCACCGCAGCCGAGCGCCGGGGAAAAUGGUGGCAGGAGAAGACCAUGGCAUCAGGUAACGCUGGGGAGCCAGAGCCAAGUUAUCCUGCUACAGAGGCAGCAGAAGGCUUGCCGGACACCUCUUCAGUGUUGCUGGCUGUCGGGGAGGGCUUUCUGCCAGAGAUUUCGCUGCUCUUCUCUGUUGAGAGUCGCUCCUCCCGGUGCCUCAAUUCCCAGCUCCAGGAAGCAGUCAGAAAGAAGCUGUGGGCUCUGGAGAAUGACGACAGAGAAGUCUGUGCUCUGUUCAAGGAGCUCUCAGCCAGGCUGGUCUGUGUACAAGCGCAGGAGGAUCGGUUCAUCCUCACCUUCAAAACCCUGGAAGAAAUCUGGAAAUUUUCCACAUAUCUGACUUUAGGCUACGUGGCCAGCUGCUUGGAGCAGCUUCUCUUUGACCAGAUGUUUUGGCUAAACUGUGCUCUGAUGGAGGACACAGAGAUCAAAGUUACUGUAAAUGAAGAUCGCCUGGCCACCAUAUAUCUGGGGCUGCUACUCCAGGAAGGUAACUUUUUUUCCAGGGCAGUGCCCAGUGUCUGCCAGCCAGAAGAGGAGGGAGAGGAUGGUCUGAGGCUCUACAGGAAUGAGCUGAUCCAUGUGAAGAACACUGGAGAAGAAUCCAAGUGGGAAGGGAUGUCCUUAUUGACAGGUCAACGAGGCCUGGUGCCUGUGACAGCUCUAGAGCCAGUACCUCACCCAUUUUACCAGUGGUUCUUGAAGAAUCAUGCUGUGAGUUUUGGCAUCUCCCAGGAGAUAAGUGGGACAACUUCUCAGCCAAUUGUCAAGGGCAGGUGCACAGCCAAAGAGGACCACAGAGGAGGAACCUGGGAUGAACUGAGUUUCUCCAAGGGAGACAGCAUAGAAGUCAUUGGCUUCCUUAUUCCAGGACUGCCGUGGUUUGUGGGAAAAUCUCUAAGCAGUGGGAAUAUUGGCUUUGUCCCAACCAGAUGCAUAAAUCCUGAGGCCUGUGAACCUCUGGGAAAGGGCUUGGUGUUUCUGAGUGAAGAAGAAAAAGUCUCCCUCCUGCGCAUCCCUUGCAAUGGCAGUGAGCAGCACUUCACCGCCCUGCUCAGUGACCUGGCACGCACUGACAUCACCUCUGUGUACCGGCUCGAUGGUUUUGAACCCACAGCCACAUUCCCCAAAAUACCAUCAGAGGCUGUUCUCCAGGGCUAUAAGGAUAUCCAGCUGCUCCAGUCUUGGGAGGAAAUAAACAGCUUGGCAACACCUAGCACCUCCGAGAAGUCUAGCCCAGGGAGCGAAUCAGCCCCUGCUACACUGGAAGAUAUUUUCCUGGAGAAGCCAGAUGAUUUUGAUGAUCCCAAGUUCUUCAUUGACCUGAAUGUUGGACACAUGGAGGAUGCUGAUGUCUUUGACCCCAUACUGACCUUCCUUAACCAAGGCAGUUAUGUGCCCAAUUUUCAAAGCUUCUAUGAUCUCAGUUUUUCCUUUCUCAGCUCCACUUUUUAUGGUUUUUCUGAUGAGGAUGAACUGAUCUUGUACCUUGAGACCUCCAGGAACUGGGCCAAGAGGACUCAUUCAGUUUGGGCUCAUGUCCGGCUCUGUUUCCUCUUGGGUAAGCUCUGCAUCAAAAAGGUCAAGUUCUCCCAGGCCCGAGUCUACUUUGAGGAAGCCCUGAGCAUCCUGGACAGGGGGUUUGGGGAUCUGCCCCUGCUGGCUGCAUUGCAUGUGAACCUUGCCUCCAUCUACUUGAAACAGAACAUGAAGCACAAAUUCUCCUCCUUGCUGGGGAAAACAGUGACUUUGCUUGUCUGCUUGCCUGGCCACUCUUUCAGCUCAGAGAAUGAGCUGGAGGUCAUGAAGUACAUCCUGAGAGAAGCCAUUGCUGUGGGUAAUACUCCUUUGGAGGCCCGGGUCUGCUUCCUUAUUGUCAAGCUCUUCCUACAAUUGGGCAAAAACGAUGAAGUUCUGCCCUUUACUGAGCGUCUUCAAUGCCUCGCCACCACUUUACUCAGCCCAGACACCAGUGCUGUACCACUGGAUGCCACUCCCAUCUUGAGCUACUUGUAUGACAAGAAGUACUUGCCAAACAUUGCACUGGCCUCCGCCAGGUUGUUUGUUCCCAGUGGUGUCAAGGGGGCACCAACACCCAUUUGGAGAGCUGGCUUCAUCCUCCAAAAUACUUCCAAGCUGCUGGGAAGUCAGCUAGAAAGGAGCAGCAUCCCAGCAGUGGCUUGCUUCUAUCUCAAGCAGGCACUGAAUUUCUGCUGUGAGAACAGAGCUGUGCCCACCCAGAGGACUCUGUGUGCCAUCUUGUCUCGAAUGUAUCUCCAGCAUGGCGUGUUGGAUGGGGCGGUUUGUUAUGCAGCCACAGCUGUAGCUCUCAGCAGGCUGAUAGGCGAGGAAGAGGCUUUUGAGUCUUCUCUCUGUUUGGGGUGGAUGUAUCUCCUGGACAGCCAGCCGGGCCCAGCUGCAGAGAUUAUGUGGCAGCUCUUACAUUCUCUGCAUGGGACAGACAGUGUGACUCAGGGUGGAGCUGUCCACAAUCUGCUGGCCAUUGCCCUCAAGGGAGAAGGGCAGGUGCAAAAAGCUGCAGAGAAUUACCUCUGGGCCCUACACAAAGCCAAAGAAACUGGGAACAAGAGGAACCAGGCUAUUACCCUGGCUAACUUGGGACAGCUGACCCUUUCACGUGGGGCAAGCCAGCUGUCUGAGAUCUACCUGCUCCAGUCUGCUGAGCUCUAUGCUGAACUCCAGGGCACUGAAGACCUGGAGAUGGAGCUGGGCCGGGUGCUGCUGUUGCUAGCACAGGCCAUGAUAAACAGGCAGAGGAUAGACGAUGGUAGACUCUGUUACGAACUGGCACUGCUUUUUGCCCUGAAGUGGCAUAAUGUGAGGAGUCAGCUUCACAUCACUGAGUCUCUCUGCCAUUUCUACAGCAAAGUGUCCCCCAAUCUCCAGGCCCGCAUUACCUACCAUGAGCACUGGGUAUCUUUGGCACAACAGCUCCGGGAAAGAGAGAUGGAAGGCAAUGUCCAGCAGGCCCUCAGCCAGCUCUAUCAGGCUCUGGGCACAUCCAAAGCUUUGAAACAGUCCCUGGACUGCACCAAGCAGAGUCUAAGGAUCUUCAUUGAUCUUGGGGAGACAGUCAAAGCAGCAGAGGCCUGGUUGCAGGCUGGCAGGCUUUACUAUCUCAUGCAGGAAGACGAGCUGGUGGAAAUGUACUUCCAGGCAGCCAUUCAGACUGCUGUGAAAUCUGGGGACUUCUCUUUGGCCAUGGACCUUUAUGAAAAAGCGGGCGAUACCUUUUUUAAUGGCAGACGAAACAGAGAUCGAGCAGUGGAGUAUUAUAGGGGAGGUGCUGUGCCCUUGGCCAGGAAACUGAAGGCCAUUAAGACAGAGCUACGGCUGUUCAAUAAGCUAGCAGAACUGCAGAUUGGGCUGCAGGGCUAUGAGAAGGCACUGGAGUUUGCCACACUGGCAGCCAGGCUGAGCACCAGGGUGGGAGAUCAAUUACAAGAGAUGGUUGCCUUCCACCGCCUGGCUACAGUCUACUAUUUUCUGCAGAUGUAUGAGAUGGCUGAAGAUUGCUACCUGAAGACACUUGCCUUGCAUUCUCCCUUGCUGCAGUGCACUGAAGAGGCCCUGUACUACUCCAAGGUGUACUGCCACCUUGGCAACCUGACCCUGCACAAACUGAAGGAUGAACAGGAUGCAGCAGGCUACUUCCUCUUGGCCCUUGCCGCAGCGACUGAGGUGGGAGACCAGGAGUUGCAAGGCAUCAUUCAUGCCAAGCUGGGUCAUAUCUACAGUGCCCCUCUCUGUCACGUGGACACACCAGGAUGUACCAUGUAUCGGGCUAGGUGGCUGAGCGAAGGAGGGCACGUCGUCUGACCAACCACCAAGGUGGACUUGAAUAUAGCCAGCAAAGGCAACUUUCUGCCUCAUUGCUGGCACAGGUCCAUGUACUUUCCAGAACAAAUGGCCUGCAGAAGGUCCUGUGCAGCAUCCUGAGAAGGUCAGCAGUGUUUUAUCUCCUCAUCUCCAACAGACAUGGGACCAAACGCUUGGCACACUGUCCUCUGAGUUUCCUCCAAGCCAGAGCAGUGCUGUGAGUCUAACUGUCCAUCCACGGCAGCAACCUGCACAGAGAGGACAAUGUGGGGUAUUACCACAAAGCAGGGCGGAAGGAGGACUCAGUUGCCAGCCUGGACCAGGAGUCUGGUGCCGGAGAAGUUUGGUGGAGUGGAGCUGGGCACUAGAUGGCACUGCAGGAAUGUGGCUGCCUGCCGGGGACAGCAGGACAGGGGAAAGUGCUGCCCCUGUGCUAGUUAGUGUCCUGUCCUACCUGCCUCCCACUGCCUCCUGGGUCCCAUGGGGCAGCACAGCCUGCAAGCUGCACUCCAGCCCCAAAUGUAUUUUAACUUAAAUAGCAACUCCUUUAUUUAUUUAUAUCUGUUUUCUGUCUUUUUUGCUCUGAGAAGGCCUGUGACCCACACUUCUGCAGAACCACUGGCCUUUUCCAGGUCCUCUUUUGUACAAAGCACCGCCAAAGCUCUUGGCAGUGAGAGGCAGAAGUAGGAAAGGGAGGAAGAGUGAAAAUGGCCAGACAAGCCUUCCCUGGGUAACGGUGGCAGACUGCUCAGCGGGGAAGGAGAACCCACCAUCACCAAAGGGUGGGGACAGGCGCAGGCUACCUAACCUGGGGCCUCCAUCAGCAGCAGGCCAUGAGAGCACAUAAGAGAGCACAGAAGAUCAGAAUAGGUCAUCCAUGUAGCCAGGCAUCCUGUCGCAGCAGUGGACAUAACUGGAUGCACAAGGAAGAGUGAAAACAAGCCAAAAAUAAACAAUAAUCUAGUUGUCUCUACUGCUGAGAA